AUGCCGGGAGUUGCAGCCACCUCGACCACGCAUGAUUUCGCCGGUGUCCUAUUCGAUUUCGACGGAACAAUAAUUGACUCCACUGAAGCUAUUGUUGAGAAUUGGAGAAGAAUCGGCGAGGAGAUCGGUAUUGACCACGAGCUGAUCCUGCAAACGUCGCAUGGUAGACGAAGUAUCGAUGUUCUGAAGGAUCUUGAUCCUAGCAGGGCAAACUGGGAAUACAUAAGCGCCAUGGAAAGCAAAAUACCUUCCCUAUGCAAGAAUCCUGCUAUUGAAAUCCCGGGUGCACGAGCUCUUCUUGAGACACUUCACAGCCUUCACACACCUUGGGCGAUCGUAACAUCAGGCACCAAUGCUCUCCUAAACGGCUGGCUCAAUGUCCUGCAGUUACCUCGGCCUCAAGAGGUUACUGUCGCAGAGGAUGUCAGAAUCGGGAAGCCCGAUCCAGAAGGUUACUAUAAAGCUCGCACUCGGCUGCUGCAACAUAGCGGGGAGGACGACAUAAAGGACGUCCUCGUUGUCGAGGAUGCUCCAGCCGGUGUAAAAGCAGGGAAAUUGGCUGGAUGUUACGUUUUAGCAGUGACAACCACGCACACUGUUGACCAGCUGAAGGCGGCUGGCGCAGACUGGGUGAUACCUGAUCAUCGAUACGUAGUAGUACGGAGGAAGUACGGGUCGCAGGGGGCUUUUACCUUUACUUUCAGUAGUAUCUACUAG